GCCAAUCGUCUGGGCUCAUGGGCUUCUGCCCCGAGUCCCGACUGAAAUCAGAAGUGAAGCCCUGGAAAGAGCGGCAUAUUCGCGCUCGCCGCACGGCUUGAGGGAGGGGUGAGGCUUCACCAGACUCCACGCUCCAAACUCCAGUGUCCACUCUCCGGUUUGCCCUCGCCCUCGCCUCCGCCUUCUCCUUCGCCUUAACGGUUUUGAGGGCUGAGGCUUCACCAGUACCCGAAGAGAGCUUCACUUCGGCUGUUCUCUGUUUGCAACUUCGUGUCUUCGUCGAUCUUCGCCUACGGCCCGGCAGGCCUCCAUCUUCCACCGCUCGACAGAGUCAGCAAACCGCAGGCCCGCAGCGGCCGCACCAUUUAUUCCGGCGAAGGGUGUUAACCUAUCUGGAUCCAUUUCAAUCACGUGCUGGUACUGAGCUAUAAAAGUUCGAGUCAGAUCCUUCCAGGUGCAGAUGUUUGCCGGUCCAAGUGGAUGUAACAUCUUAAGGCUGCCCCUGUUAAACUAUCCUGAAAGCAAUGGAUAAGGAGUUUGUCAUUAUUCGAAUGUGCUGCCAUUUUUUGGCAAUACAUCUUCAAAUGAGUAGGGACACCUUGAACCAUUAAACUUCUUGAAAUCUGGCACUUUGAAUUUGGGAGGCAAGACCAAUUUGGCACUAGGCACAAAUCGAAUGCGUCAACUGAUCCAAACACAUUUGUUCCCUCCAUUGCCCUCAGGCGCUCCUCCAACACCUCGUAUUUACGAUUAAACUCGGAGGUUGGAGUUUGCUCCUUGCUUGCUUCUUUAGUUGCUCCUUUUUCUCCAGAAUCAAGAAUUACAAGUGGUGGCAUCUCCAUUGACAAUAACCCUGACACUGGUACAGUUGGGAUGAAUGGUUGUGCACUCAAACUAGGACCAGUCUCCACUUCAUUGGUUGAACUGGAGGGCGAGUUUCCAUAGGUGUAGACUUGGGUGGAAACAAAGGCUCCUCUUCUAUCACAGGUUCUGGAAUCUGCGCAACUUUUCCCUUGUUUAUAGUGGUCAUCAUUUCCAUGAGCUGGCUUAUCUGCUCUUUAAUUUCCCUUACAUCCCAACUUAUUUCCUCCUAACCUUGUUCCAAACCCAUCACGUGGUUCUCCAUUUGUUCACUCAUUAUUCUGGCCUUCCUUCUGGUAUUAUAAUGAUGCUUUUGUUGCUUAAUGUUGACACCCUCAAACUUUGUACGGAUGAUUCUUUCUCUGCAAAUUACUUUUUUUCUUAAUAGGUGUAUGCAUGAAUAUGUACACAAAUGCAUGAACAUGCAUGCAACCUAAAUUACUUUUCCAGAAUUCUUCGGAAGACCUCAUCACCUAAUGAAACUCCCAAUUCAACUUAGCUCCUAAUAUACAAUCCUCAACUUAAUUCAGGUUGUCUUCUCCAACUUGUAGGAAAAUUUAUUUUCCUCUGUCAACUCCUAGGAAUCGCCCCACCUGUUGAGUAUUCUGCUUCUGACAAAUUUUUCAAUUAGGAAUUCUUUCAUGCAGCCCUUCUUUUCCCUUUAACCAUACCGUUCCUGUUAAGAUAAGACUUGGCAACAAACCCUCUAUCAGAAAAAGUGGGAACUUCUUAAAGGCACAAUGGUUGGAGAUUGGAAGGAUUAAUGCACUAACUUGACCAGAUUGCCUCUUGGGACCUUCCUUAAUCAUUUGAAUUCCCUUAAUUCAACUACUUUUCUUAUGAUUCUGUUGGACUCCAAAACACUACUGAACCUAUAUUUCCUCUUCAUUGUAUACCACUACUGAGUUGUCCAUAAGAUGACUCGGGGUUUUUCCAAAAUUUUGACUAAGUAGCACGUAUGCCUAAAAUGGAUGAAAAGCAUGGGACACCACACAAAGGAACUCAAACAGACACAACAAAGACUGGACUAAGUCAUAUGAAGAAGGAUGAAGCUUCUGUCCCAACCCUAUGUGAAUUUUAUCACUUAUAGGUUUUCACCAAGGCCCUAUUAUAAGGGAGAAAGCUAGGGUUAAAAUAUGUGUGGUUCAAGCUCUAUUCCUUAUCAACAAUAGGUUCCCAGCAUGCCCCCUAUCCUUACCCAAUGGGCUUAGACAAAGUUCAAUCUGAGCGGAGUGGUUCAUGCACCCCCAAAGACCUUGUCUCAUGACAGCUAACGAUACUGUGCUCCUUUCUAUUCCUAAAAGGUAAAGCCUAGGUAGAAGGCUCGUUAAAAUAUGUGUGCUUAUAUAUUUCUUUUAAAGCCUAUCCCUUUAAUUCCCCACAUAUCAUUAAACCCUGCACCUAUUUAUCCAUCCAUUCCAUACAUGCAAGAAUUAUAUAUACAGGUAAAAUAAGUAUGCAACAAUCAACCAUAUUUACAAAUAAAACAUCAUGGAGCAAUCAAAAGACCAUUAAGUUCAAAUUUGGGAUAAUUCAAAACUAAUUGACAGCUCGACUCUCUAAGUCCCCAGCAAAGUCGCCAAACUAUCGCAACAUCCCGAAGAAGGGUCUGGAAUGGCGAGGGAUAAUAGAUCUAGAAAUUUGAAUGGAGUCGCCACUAACCUAUUAUUUACCUUAGUGCGGUUCCUAUUUACUACUUAUUGAUUGGUCUUUAGACUAUUCCUAGGCCAAGGAACAGUAGCUUUAGUUUGCUUUACCAGAAUCAGGAUCAGGAGUUCGGUUAUGCGAGGGGAAGGUAGUAGCAUUCCUUACGCACCCGUUCUACGAACGGUACCUAAUUAAUUAUGAAUUAUCCCUAAAUUGAAUUUUGAUGGUCUUUAAUUAACUCUUUAAAAGUAAACAAAUAAAUAAAUAAACAAAAUAAAUAAACAAAUAAAUAAAAGUAAGCAAAUAAAUAAAUAAAUAAAAAUGAAAAAUGAAAAAUCACAGUGCGAUUAGGAAUGUCUAAUAAUACCUCCAAAUGAGGGGAUCUUGUUAGAUAAACCUUCCUUAGAGCUAAUAUAGGUGAGGUCUGAAAUACCUUUUUACCUAUUUUGAAAUCAUUGGGACGCACCCACAGAAAAACAAUUAAAAUCAUAAAAAAAUAUCUUUGAAAACAUUCCCAGAUUUUUCAAAAUUUUGUAAAAAUUUUCAAAAAUUUUUCAACAUUUUUUUAAAGCCUUCUGGGAUUUUUAGAGAAUUUUUUCUCAUUUUUUUCGUAUUUGUAUUUUUCUAUUUUUUUUUUAAAUUUUGAGCCAAAAUAACUCAAAAUAUUUUUCUUGACUUCAAAAAUAUUGUUCCAAACUUUUAUUUAUUUUUUUUUGAUUUUUCUCUACUUAAAUAAUAUAAGAAAACUAACUAAAAGUGUAAAUAAAUAAAAUAAUUAAUAAAAUAAAUAAAUAAAUGGUUUAGGUAAAACAAACCGGUUUGGCCAGUCUGAACCGGGUUAACUGGUCUGGCUCAGUGGGUCAUGUGUCUACCUAGAGUAGGCCUGAUAAAACGGGUCAUGACUUGACGGGUCGCCCAUAACCCGCCCGGUUAAGAUGGGUUUGGGUACAUAAAAAUCAACUUGUUUAUAAACGGGUCAACCUGUGACCCGUCCAUUAAUAAAAAGGUCUAUCCGGGUUCGGGUCGGGUCACCCAUGGGUGAACCUUUUAUUUGGCUUAUAAAUUAGUGGUAACUGGAACCCCCACCCGUCUACUGACUGCUGUGCGUGCUGAGAGAUCAAAGAUUCAAACAUAAAAGUGAUAAAACCCUAAUCGUCUAAUCCUAUUCCUGCGGCGCCGCGGCUCUGGCUGCCUCCUGCUGGUGCGCUGCUGCGAUCCACUCCCCGAUUGGCUGAGCUCGAGUCCUCGUCUGAUGACUCUGAUCGUCUCCUCCACACUUCCACAGUCGUCAGGCCCCCAAGCUCCACAGACCACUGUCCACUCUCCAAUAAUCUGAUUAAUGGAACUCUCAUUGCUGUUAAAAGGCUCCUCAAUAAUCUAAGGAAUCUUCAACAAUGAGUUUAAUUUCCCAGAAUGUUAUCUCUAAAAACCGAGCAGCUAAGAUUAAAAGGGAGGGCACCAAUGAGCCUCUACGUUUGGAAGGGAAUGAAGGUUUUGAAGAUGGCAAGGAAACUAGUUUAGACAUUUUCAGGAACAAGAAACAAAAGAAAGGAAUUGAGGAAAAGCAGUUGGAGGUCGAGCAAAGGGAGAUGACGAAGUUGGAAAACUUUUUAUUUGGAUCCCUUUAUUCCCCUGUUGAAUUUGGGAAGGAGGAUCAGGAAGAAGUGAGAGAUGGGUCUGAGAAAGGUUCUGCCUUAUUCUUCACAGACUUGUUGGCCAACAGCGAGCUUUCUAUUUACGAAGAGGAUAGAGAGGGAAGUUGUGAUGAAGAAGAAAAUAAGCAAAGGAAGCCUGUUUGGGUGGAUGAGGAGGAGGAGAGGACCAAUAUAGAUAUCUCUAAAGUUAACAGAUUAAGGAAACUCAGGAAGGAGGAGGAUGAGAGUUUGAUUUCGGGUUCAGUGUAUGUAUCUAGGUUGAGGGCUCAGCAUGCAAAGUUGAAUCCAGGUACAGAAUGGGCUCAAUUUGAUAAACAAUCCAAGGGUUAUGACUCUCAUGAUGAUGGAUCAGAUGAGGAAAAUGGGGUGGUCGAGGCCCGUGGUUACAAGGAACCUGUUAGUGAUAUCCUUCGAACAAAUGAAGAUCUUGUAGUGAAGAGCAGUGCUAAGUUGUUGCCUGGACUCCUUGAGCACUCUAGACUAAUAGAUGCAAACGCAGAGGAUCCUUCAAAUGGUCCUAUAAACUCGGUUCAAUUCCAUCGAAAUGCUCAGUUGCUACUUGCUGCUGGAUUAGAUCGAAGGCUUAGAUUUUUUCAGAUUGAUGGCAAACGGAACACCAAAAUUCAGAGCAUAUUCCUUGAUGAUUGCCCUAUUCGAAAGGCGUCAUUCUUUCCAGAUGGGUCUCAGGUUAUUAUAGCAGGAAGAAGGAAGUUCUUUUAUACCUUUGACUUGGUUAAAGCAAAAGUUGAUAAAAUAGGUCCCCUAACGGGUAGAGAGGAGAAGAGUUUGGAAGUUUUUGAGGUUUCCCCUGACUCUAGUACAAUUGCCUUUGUGGGUAAUGAAGGCUAUAUUUUAUUGGUUUCGUCCAGAACAAAGGAACUAAUUGGAACAUUAAAGAUGAAUGGAACUGCUCGAUCUUUAGCUUUUUCUGGUGAUGGCCAACAACUAUUGAGCUCUGGUGGUGAUGGGCAUAUCUAUCAUUGGGAUCUGAGAACAAGGGCUUGUUUCCACAAAGGUGUUGAUGAGGGCUGCAUUAGUGGUACAACUCUUUGUACAUCCUCGAGUGGAACUUUGUUUGCUGCUGGUUCAACUAGUGGGAUUGUGAAUAUUUACAACAGUGAGGAAUUUGUAGGUGGCAAGAGAAAACCACUCAAAUCUAUCGAGAAUCUAACCACCAAAGUUGAUUUUUUGAAAUUUAACUGUGAUGCCCAGAUAUUGGCCAUUAGUUCGAGCAUGAAGAAGAACAGUUCAAAGCUGAUACAUGUUCCUUCAUUUACUGUAUUCUCCAAUUGGCCUCCACCAAACCAGACCCUACAUUAUCCUCGGAGUUUGGAUUUCAGUCCUGGUGGAGGUUUCAUGGCUAUGGGAAAUGCUGCUGGGAAAGUGUUAUUGUACAAGUUGCAUCAUUACCAACAUGCCUAGAACAAGGUUAGUGCAGGACAAGGUAAUUACUUGUUGGGCGUUUUCAGGAUAGAAAAAGAAUGUAUUCUCUGUUAAGAAUCUCUUUAUUUUGAUAAUUAAGUGUUGUUUUAGCAUUAUUGAAUUGUUAUUGAUGACUGAUGGAGGUACAAUUUUUGUGCCAAAGUUUUUGAAACA